AUGAAGGGUGCUAUAGUGACCGGUGGUAGCUCAGGAAUUGGCGCUGCUGUGUGUGUAGAGUUGGCUAAGCGCAACUUCCGGGUCUUUAUUUUGGGUCGAAAUGAGAGUGCCAUGAGAGAUCUAGUAACCAAAUGCGAGACGUCUGGCGGCAAAGCUGGGUAUGGCGUCGGCGAUGUGGGCGAUGAGACAGACACAACCAGACUGUACACUGAGGCCAAGACUUUUCUGGAAGCUACGCCUGAUGUUCUUGUGCUAAGUGCGGGCAUUGGGCGUUUCGGAAAUAUUGGAGAGGUACCCAUGAAGGACUUUGACGACACCUACAGAGCGAAUGUGCGCGGAGUGUUCCUGUGGUUGAACAAGGUUGUUCCUGAUAUGCGGGAGAGGAAUUCCGGGCGUAUAGUUGCUGUGUCCAGUAUAGUCGGAAUGCCGGGCAUGGCCAAGCCCACUGCAUCGGUGUACUCGUCUACAAAGGCUGCGGUUCAAGCUAUAUUCUCCAGCCUAAGAAUGGAACUGAAGGGCACUCAGAUCAAGGCUGGAACUAUCAGCCCCGGCAUGGCGAAGAUGCUAACGCCUGAGGAUGUUGCUGAGGGAGUAAUGUCGUUCGUUGAACAAAGCGAAACCAUGAACACGGAUAACGUCGUAUUGUUACCUCAAAACAUGUGA